AUGGGAGAUACAUACAACAUCACGGUUACAGGUGGUUCCUUCAACCAAUACAGCGGUGGCGGUGGCGGUGGCGGUGGUGGCCGUGGCCGUGGCCGUGGCCGUGGAGGUUUCCCGACCUCCCGGCGCCAGGCCAAGAAGCAGCUUCGGCGGGCCGAGUGGGCGCUUCGGCGCAUUGAAUCUCGCGGCGGCGGCGACACAAACUCUGGCAGCGGCGGCGGCGACGACACAAACUCUGGCAGCGGCGGCGGCGACACAAACUCUGGCGGCGGCGACAACGACACAAACUCUGGCGGCGGCGACGGCGACGGCGACACAAACUCUGGCGGUGGCGGCGACAACUCUGGCGACGGCCAUGUCGCCAACCCUUUGGGUAACCCUUGGGUUGGCGACGCCGACGAUACCAACAUGGAGCUCUGGGAAUAA